GUCAAUCUCAGCGUUAGUACAAAUCUUAGCUCAAGAGUCAUGAAACAAUGCCAGUACAAAGGUUAGCUAGGAGCAGUUCGUUUUGCCUACUAGGAAACAAAUAUGAAAUUAUUGCCCUAGACAUGGUAGUAGAGUACUCCUACUAAGAGCAGUCUCAACCCAAGAGUUUUUAUAGGCUCCACAUCAUCUAGAAACUACUGUUAGACACUAACUCUCCAAUGCAAAUCAAUAUUAUUUAACUGACUUUAAUACUCAUCUUCGUGUUGAAACCAAGUCUUAUGCAAGAUCCAGUUUCUUAAUCUUUCUUCAUUUAAUUGCUUGCUAUAUCAUUGCUUGCCAUAUCAUCUUUUAAUAUCUAUGCAACAGCUGAAUUAAUGCUAUAAAAACUGGAUGACGUGUAGGGUUGGGACUGUGCUCUAAACCACCUAACCUACCAGAUCUCUUGGAUCUUGAUAUGCAUAGCCCUAAACACAUGCGUGAUGCUGCAAGACAAACAGCCUCUAAAGGCUGUCACCAAAGCAUGCAGAUGCAGAUGCAGUCUCUAUCACGAACUAAUGCAUUGCAAGUGCACUGUGAUUUGCCCCACCACCGCCAGGCCCCCCAUGCAUGUGCACCUAUGCAUCUCCACCUACACUGCGUUCUUGCAACCAAUAACCAUAUACAUACACACACACUAAUAACUAUAUACAUACAUCUCCAACACAGCUAGCAAAGGCAGCAGUCGAGCACUCCACCAUCCAGCUUCGCAUCCCGCAAGUUCCCAGUCAGCCGAGCAGCCAGCGGCGGUGCCAAGAAGGCCGAGCUGCGAGCUCCACUCCCCACACCUCAGAAGAAAAAGGUGAUGGCGCAACUGCCGCCGCGGGCGCCGAGCGCCGCGCCGCAGGACCACUGGCCGCCGGCGGCGGGGGAGUUCCUGGGCUUCGCCGCGGCCAGGCGCGGCGCGCACCGCCGCUCCGCGAGCGACUCGGCCGCGUUCCUCGAGGCCGUGCCCAUUGACGACGACGUCGUCAUUGGCGGCGGCGGCGGCGGCGGCGACGACUUCGACCGCCUCGACCACGACCAGCUCCUGUCCAUGUUCUCCGACGUCGACGUCUCCGUCUCCGUCUCCGUCUCCGGCAGCGCCGGGGAGAGGGCGCAGCUCAUGGACGCGGGGGGUGCGGGUGCGGACGACGGGGUGGCGGACUCGUCGCCGGCUGCCGCGGACGGCGUCGCUGAGCCCAAAAGGGUCAAGAGGAUAUUGGCAAACAGGCAGUCGGCUCAGAGGUCACGAGUGAGGAAGCUGCAGUACAUCUCGGAGCUUGAACGGAGCGUCACCAGUCUCCAGAUGGAGGUGUCGGCGCUGUCCCCUCGCGUGGCCUUCCUCGACCACCACCGCUCACUGCUCACCGUCGGCAACAGCCAUCUCAAGCAAAGAAUCGCGGCGCUCGCCCAGGACAAGAUCUUCAAAGACGCUCACCAAGAGGCGCUGGAGAAGGAGAUCCAGCGGCUGCGCCAAGUGUACCAGCAGCAGCAGGUCAAGGUGGCCACCACCGGCGGCGCCGACAUCGCCACCGCCGCCUCGCCGUCGAUGCAGGCCAGGCAAGAGCUGCUCGCGUGCGAGGGCGCUGCUAUUCGAUAGCGGAGGCGGCGGCGGCGGCGGCGGCGUUCACGCCCCUGUUACUGUUAGUAGCUUAAUUAACUUUUGUGCAGUCUGAUCAAUACGUGUUGGCUUGUUUGUUUGCUGCUUCUUAAUUUAAUUCGUAUGUGAUGUAUUCUGCUCACCCUAGCAAAAAAAAAAAAAAAAAUGCAUCGAUGCCAAGUUGUGAAUGAAUUGUACUAUUCAGUUAUUUGGACCGGCUUAGUCGGAAUAUAGUGAGACGGAGUUUGUUGGUGUGAGUUAUCCGUUCUUAAUUUAUUGUUGUUUAGAUUGAUUUUAUUUAAAACAGAGUGACUCUAAAAAGAAAACUUAUGUUCAAAUUUAA